CGACAGUUCACAUUCGCGUGAAUCGUUGCGCGUGAAGCCAGCCAUGAGCAAUAUGCAGCAGCUCAUGGAACACUUGCGGAAGAUUGAAGCGGGGAAACAAACCAACUCGCGCAUGCUUCGAACGUUCCAAGAACGCCACCGUAAUGGCAUCGAGAAGGAUGUUGUGGGUAGUACCAGCGAAACUACUAUCAAUCCACCACGUGACAUUUACUCGAUCCUGUUACAAGAGCAUCACAGUCCCAAGCAAGCUUCGUCAACGACGCCUACAAACCGGCGCCCAGUUACACCUCCAGUCAUUGUUGUGCCACUGUCAUUACGCCGGGAAAAGCUACACGAAGACAUGGCCAGGCUCCUCGUCCGCCCAUCACAACUCACUGGCAACGCCAUCGUUGCACCCGCCCCGUCUCCACCUAAAGGAGGAAGGCAUUCCCCGUCGAAGCCACAGCACAAAUCUUCAAUAGACCCCGGUCUACAGACCCAGCUCAUUCGAGAGCAAUCCGAGGAGGCCAAUGCACUGCGCCAAGCGUCGGACGACGUCGCUGCGACAUUAACCAUGGCCCAAGACCUCAUUCCGCUUUCAUUUCUUCUCGAAAGAAACAUGAAAGCGCUUUGUCAGUCCAAAGCCGGGGCGAUCAUUCAGUCUGCAUUCCACACGUUCCUCCUCCACUUCUACGCCGACGCGUGGCAGCACUGGAAAGCGUUUGUUGUCAUGUCACGCCAUGCCGAACGAGUUGCUGCGGCUUCGUUCCUCACCCGAGUCUACCGCGGUCACCGAGCUCGAAAGGCAUGCGCAGUCCUGCGACGUCAACUUGCCACCCUAGAAGGCCUCAAGGCCACGGCGAUAGCCCAGAUUGUCACCCGUCGGUCCAAUGCGGCGCUGGCCAUUCAAAUGUGCUUCCGUCGACAUCGACUGCAAUUGCGCAAACUCCAAGUCCAAGCGCGUCACGCAGCUGCGACUCGAAUCCAACGACUGACGGUGUAUAACAAACAACGGUCGAUGGCGUUGGCUAGGAUGCUCCUGGACGCCCGCAAGAUCCACGCAGCGUUGAAGCUCCAGAAACUGUGGCGCGGUCACUGCGGUCGCCGGGUAGCAGCCCGUCGAAAGGUGCAAGAUCGUCGGGCCAAAAGGCUUCAAAAACUCAGUCAGCCAGACUUGGCCAUCGCCCAUCGCUUUGAAGCCCAAGGCGCCGCGUUUCGCAUUCAAGGCCAGGUGCGGCGGUGGCUGAGACGUCGUCGCGGGCGGGAGAGUCGAGCGGCGGCUCGUGAGGCGCAGGCGAAAGAGCGAGUGCGACUGCUUCUCGUGCGGUUCAUCCUGCGGUUCAAGCGCCGUCGACGCCACCGGCAACUGGAAGCAGACCGCGCGGUCCGCACAAAAGCCGCGCGGCUGAUUCAGCGGUGCAUAUUGCAGUGGAUCCAACUCCGAAAGUGGAAGUUGAUGCGCAUGGCCAGACGAAAACGAGAGCGCCAAGCGCGGCUGGCGCUCAAAGCCAAGCAAAUGAACCGGUCUCAAGAUAAGGUCAAGUUGCCGUUUCGAGCCGCCUCCACCGCGUGGAAGUUGGUCACGCGAACGCUGCGGGGCGACAAGAAAAGCCCGAAGGACGUCGCGGCCGUUUGCAUCCAGCGGGCGUGGCGAUGUGCAAAGAAGCGUCAUCAGGUGUACCUGAAAACGCUAUAUGCCAAGCUGGACAAAGCCGCCGACAAGCGGCAGCAGAUGCAUCGCCACGUCACGCGCAUCCAAAAGGUUUGGCGGGGUCGGCGUGACCGUCGAAAGUGCACAUUUCUAUGGCUGGACAAGGUGACUCGUCAUGCUUUGGCCAAGUGGAAACGCCGUCGAGCUAGGCGCCGCAAUGCUGCAGCCACAAAGAUUCAGACCAAGUUUCGCGUCGUGCGGGCCAAAGUACUUGGACAAGCCGUCGAGCACUUGAUACAAUGCCAACACGCAGCCGCCAGGCGCAUCCAGCGCCUUGUCCGGGGUCGACAAGCGGUGCUAAAGGUGCAACGUCAACGAGAUGCCCGUCGACAAUGUGACGAGACGCUACGAUUCUGCGUCGUGGCGCUCCAGCGCUGCAUGAAGCUGCGCAUGGAUUUCUUGGCCAUUCAGUCGCUUGAAGGCAACAUGGGCGACCUAGUGAAAUACCCCGUUUGGUUGCAGGAGCAGCGUCGGUUCCACCGAAGCGACACGUCGUUCCCGAUCUUCCAGAUCUUGUUUGCCGAUUACAGCGGUUUGAAGCGCGAGUUGUGGGCGGGCCAAUCGGCCAAGGCGCUGGCGGCGCUGCGUCUGGAUAGGUCCAAGUUCGUCAAGAUCUUUCGGGAAGCAUUUGCCACAUCGGAUCGUCUCAUGGACAUCACGUCCGAGGCCGAUCGGGUGCUCGCCAAACUCAAAGCCCAUCCGUCGCAGUCUCGGACGUCGCUUGCAUUUGCCGACUUUGUGUUUGGCAUCAAAGAAAUGGCCAAGCUACAAAUCAAGUCGAAAAAACCAAUGGACGACGACGACGACAUGAAGGUGCUCCAGUUGUUUUGGAAACACUUGGCCACGUGCAAAUGGAGCAAAAAAUCCAAAGCACCAGACGAAAUGAAAGCAUAUACCGAGUCGUGGCUGAACGACCAAGCGCGAUGCAUUCAACAGAUGGCGCGACGACAGCAGUACCAGCAACGAGGGUACAUUCUCAUGGACUUGAAGCGCAAAGAAUGGCAGAACAUGCGAGCGCACUCUGCCGCAAGAACCAUCCAAAGCUUGUGGCGUACCAAAGCAUCCCGUGCGUACAUGCGCAAGUUGAUGCAAACGGUGUUUCGCAAGUACAUUGACGCGACCAGCGGGUUGCCGUAUUGGACAAACCCCAGAACGGGGUACUCUACGUGGAAGAAGCCAUCUAUCUUGGGCAAACACGACGUUGCCAGCCCCGCAGUUCCCAUGGCGGACGACGCCACGGAAUACGCCGUGCACUGCGAUAACUGCAAUAUCCAUCCCAUUCAAGAAAUGUGCUUCCAGUGCGACGAAAAGUACUGCCUGGCGUGCUUUACGUUGCUGCAUGCAAAGGGCAAGACGGCAACUCACCAGCAUAUUUCCAUUCCGACCUGCGUGUCCUGUCACUACCAGGUGGCCACGCGGUACUGCUCGAAUUGCAAGGAAAACUAUUGCGACAAUUGCAUGUCAUAUUUACAUGCCAAGGGCACGCUCGUUUACCACGUGGCGGCCCCUUUGAUGCUGUUGUGCGUCGACUGUCUUGGCAAACGAGCGGCGCGCGUGCAUUGCCAUACUUGCAACAAGGACGUGUGCCACGCGUGCGCCCAAUACCACCCGCCAGAAUACUGUCAUACCGAACCCCGGCCGUUUGAGAGUGCCCCCGUGGAGAACGAACGGAAGAGGUUGGACAUGAUCAAAACCAACGACCUGUUCGCCGAAGAGAAGCGAAUUCAAGACGCCAAAGCGUUCGAAGCGCUUCAAAUCAAGUGCGCCAUGCGCAUUCAGCGGGGCUGGCGUCGCAAAGUGCAGUGCAAGUCGGGGGUGAUGCACAUGUUGGAGCUACACAAAGCCCACCAAUCCACGUGGGAAAAGAUCCAACGAGAUCGUCAGAGAGAAAAGCAAUUCGUGUAUCGCGUCAAGGGGGUGUUUGGCAAGGCCGAAGUGCUGGAAAUGGACAGUCCGACCCAAGCGAUUCUGCGACGGUUGAACGUGUACCUGCGGCACAAGAUCGAGGCCCGCGCCCGAGCGUUGCACGUUGCGUUGGACGAAUACGUACACUUAGGCGUGCCCUUGCCUGGCGUGGCGUCCAUCGCAGAGGGGAGCGACCACCUCGAGACGAGCGAAGAUCUGCGCGGAUGGCUGGUGCCCGCCCAAGCCCUUCGGAUCCAAGGCCAUGUUGUAUAUGCACAAAUGGUCGAGUCUAUCGGAGAAACGUUCAUUCGGCUCAGUGCGCCGUAUGGCCACAUGAGUGUCGACAAGAGCGUGCUGUACUCUGUCGAGUUUUCCCACGACCACCCGACAAAGCUCAAGCAUGCUGCGAGUUCACACGCGGUAAAAGUUCGCGACUUGAAGGAAAGCAAAGCAGUGACAGCGUCCCUGCGCAAGAUCGGCAACGCGACGCAGUCGAUGGCCCUUCGGUUCGACGAAGACUCGUUCCUGGGCAGAGCCCUCAAUCGAACGGCCCAACACAUCCAAAGGUCCCUCCAGCGGCAAAAGUUCAACCAGUCCAAGCGCGAACGAGAGAUAUCCUUGCUCAGUGUCCAGCGAUCGUUCCGCGACCGGCAAAUGUACUCGCUGCGACGAGAGCAGUCUCAGCGGUGGGACGAAAGUUCGACCCAGCGACCCGCAUCCAUUCGGCACGUGGGGUCCAUACACAGUGCAAUGCCAGGAACGUCCAACGAAGCCCCAAUGCACUUGGACAUGGCCAUACCAAGUAACGGAUCGGCCUCCAUGGCUAAUACAGCGUCCGUCAACCAACCGCCUGAGGAAGGGGGUGGCGAUGAAGGGCUGAGUGCAAAGGUGGAUUCACGAACGGCCAGGGUUGUGCGCAUAUAUAGCGAGUCGUUGGCACCGAUGGUGUCAGCGCUAGAGGCGACAGCAACUACACAAGUGCCGGUAGAUGUAGACCUGACAAUCAGCACGUCUCAAGGCCAAUCGGCCAUCGAGCUCCCGGCACCAAAAACAGUUGAAUCCCCCUCAAGCUACGAGAUUGAGCCCUCCCCAAGUGACACCGCAAUGUCGUUCGUGGAACACAAUGCUGAUGUCUUGCCCUACGAUAAGCCAACCACUAAUGUCCAACUUGACACUACCGGUACUGGCUACAACCCCGCAACGACCGAAUACGAUAAAGAGGUUUCCGCAUCAGCUCUAGACUAUAGUGUCCCUGCUGACUAUUACCCCCAACAAAGUUACACAAGUGCAGCAGAAGGUACACAACUACCCGACAAUGUCUCGUACAGCUACGACCAACCAACUUACGAUGCGCAAGCUUAUGCCGACCAACCUACACAUGACCCACAAGGGUCGAGUCAGGACUGGCAGCAGCACGUGGUACCCCCCCAGCAGCCCACGCAAGAUGACUACCAACUCGGCUACGACGAUUACUACUACGACCAGCAGAACUAUGACCAGCAAGGCUACUACUACCAGCCAGAGAUCGACCACAGUUACUACACCCAAGACUCCACUGCGUACGUUGAAGGCGCAUACAUAGCUCCAACCUACCCAAGCUACAGCCCCACUGCCUCCGUCCACACCUCGUACACCGAGCCAGUGGCUGCCACUGAAACCGAAUGGCAAGAGGCGUACGAUCCGUCGUCGGGCCAGGUGUACUACUACAACCCUCGCACGGGCGAGUCAGUGUGGCACCAGUAAAACUAAAUCUACUUGAUGUCCAC